ACCGCAGUGGCUGAGCUGCUGACAGGAGGCGGCGGCGGAGGAGGAGGCGAGGCAAGACCUGCGGCUUUGCCUGGCCACAGCCGCGGUAGCACUAAGGCAAGCCCACGGAGCCACGCCGGGCUCAGCCAGCCAGCGAACCUCCCGCCCCGAGCCCACCCUUCCAUCUGCCCGGACGUUUGCCCGCCCGACUCGUCCCGGGCGGCCUAGUCUGCACCACCCACCCGACUCCUGGGGCCGCCGCCCCGCGCGGUCCCGUCGGCGUCCCUGGCCGCGCCCGGCCCCCGGCCCGCUCGCCCGCCGGCACCAUGAUGGAGGAGAUCGACCGGUUCCAGGUGCCCACCGCGCACUCGGAGAUGCAGCCAUUGGACCCAGCCGCCGCCUCCAUCUCAGACGGGGACUGUGACGCCCGGGAGGGUGAGUCAGUAGCCAUGAAUUACAAACCAUCCCCGCUCCAAGUGAAGCUGGAGAAGCAGCGGGAGCUGGCCCGGAAGGGCUCCCUGAAGAAUGGCAGCAUGGGUAGCCCCGUCAACCAGCAACCCAAGAAGAACAAUGUCAUGGCCCGGACAAGGCUGGUCGUCCCCAAUAAAGGCUACUCCUCGCUUGACCAGAGCCCAGAUGAGAAGCCACUGGUAGCCCUUGACACGGACAGCGAUGAUGACUUUGACAUGUCCAGAUAUUCCUCCUCUGGCUACUCCUCUGCUGAGCAGAUCAACCAAGACUUGAACAUCCAGCUGCUGAAGGAUGGCUACCGGUUAGACGAGAUCCCUGAUGAUGAGGACCUGGACCUCAUCCCCCCCAAGUCCGUGAACCCCACCUGCAUGUGCUGCCAGGCCACGUCCUCCACCGCCUGCCACAUUCAGUAGCGGGAGGGGCCAUUGCGGCCGCCCGGGGCAGGGCCCCCCGUGGGCGAGGUUGGACAGGGCAGGGGCCAACCCCUCCGCAGCUUGUCCGCCUGCCCCCGGCCCCUGUGCCCCCUACAGCCGCCAACCUCGUAACAGUCAUUGCUUCCUCCUAUGGUAGGACGUGUACCUCUGUGUGUUCAUGGAGCCGGAGAAACCAAAACCGGGUCUUUCUCCACCCCGGGGGCUGAGGAGCAGUGGGGGCUGUUUGUUCAGUUACUUGGGGGACCUUGCCCAGCACCCUGCCCCCCUCCCCAAAGCUGCAGUCCAGUGGGGGAGAGGAAGGACUAGACAGCAGGGAGGCCAACACUAAUGAGUGGGGGUAGGGAUCACAAAGCCAGGGGCUUGGCCCCACCCCAGCGAAG